UUGCUGAUUAUGGCUGAUCGGGGGAAGUUGUGUCAGCAAACUCCACUUUCCACUUUAUUUUUAGUUUUGAAAAAAUAUUUAUCUAGCAACUAGUGUAAGUGUGUUUUCACGUGAUAAGUGCAACAAUAGUUGUUUCAUUAUAGUGCAAGUGUUCCAAUCGUGUUGUGUUAUAGUGCAUCGCGAUGUAUUAUUAGUUAUUUUAAAGUAGUCUUGAAUUUCGUAUUAUGAUCAAUAUUUGAUUUGUAAGCAACCGUGGCGGUCAGUAUGGGGCAGAGUCCGAGUUCGAUGAGGAGUAAGAGCGGUCGGCAGCGCUCAUUCCGAGGGUUCGCUCGGCGGCACAAACUGAAUAAAUCCAGUUUGAGCCAUACAUUCAGUUUGCCACCGUCGGAGGAGUACCCGGAGCUGAUGAACGUGAACACGGCCACGGAGGAGCAGCUGAUGACCCUGCCCGGGGUGAACCGGCAGCUCGCGCGCGCCAUAGUGCUGCACAGACAGAUGAUCGGCCGCUUCAAGCGCGUCGACGACCUUGCCUUAGUCUCAGGCAUAGGAGCUGAGAAAUUAGAGCUGCUUAGACCAGAAAUUUCAGUAAGCAACCGCAAGCAAGUUUCAAGAGCGAGCUCCUACUCUCAAUCGUUAGAAAGUGUCCGAGUUUCAGUAGAAAGCAAGCUUUGUUCUGUUAAUUCUUCCAGUGUUUUCCAAUUGCAAUGUGUGCCCGGUUUAAACCAAGAGAUAGCAGCAAAUAUAGUAGACUAUCGGAACAAGAAGGGACCAUUCAAGUCUCUAGAUGAUUUAAUAAAAGUCCGAGGCAUGGACGUUCUGAGGCUUGGCACAGUUAAGCAACACUUAAGUCUAGAACUAAGAAAAUGCGAAAGUCUACAGUAUCUUACUAACGGACAUGUUAAUGGUUGCGCAGAUGAAACAGUACCUAAAUCAUUUUUAAAUGGUGUCACGAGUACACCGAAGACACCUCAUAGAAAGACCUUAUCAAUGCCAAAUAAACUGCCUAUGACUUUACCAAAUGGUUUUGCGACGGCACCUGUAAAUGACAUUCUAGAUCUGCUGUCGGCAUAUUCCCACAGACCAAUAGUUGAAGAGGAGUUUAAAUAUGAGCGUGGAGGGAUGAAAUGCUGUAGGAUAGCGUCAUGGAAUUUACAUAAGCUUGAUGUAGAUAAGAUAACAAAUCCGGGCGUCAGAGAGGUCAUCUGCAGGACAAUUUUGGAAAACAAAUUGUCCCUUAUCGUCAUCCAGGACGUCCUAGACGUGGCGGCUCUGAAGAUCCUCUGCGACGAGCUGAACUCCCCCUCGCUACGAAGAGUUAGGGAGUGGAAGAGCAAUAGUCACAGAUGGGAGUACUGCAUAGCUGACCAGUUAGAUAGUAAAAAGUUGGGUUUCCUCUUCGAUUCAUCCAACAAAGGUAUAACGAUAGAGGAUAUGCCCCUGGACCAAGUGUGCCUUCUGAGCGAAGCGAGCGAGAUCCGGCCGCUCGUCAGCGAGCUGGCAACGUUGCGGAGCGAACGAUACGUCACUGAGCCACAAGCGUUCCUGCUCUCCGGGCGACCAACAGUCAUCCUUAACGUGGUGUGCCACGACCGACUGUCAACCGAAGACGUGGACCAUCUAGAGAGGGUCGUCAAGAUGGCCGACCGGUGCGGACUGCCUCUGGCGUUGGCUGGCGAAUUCUGCUGCUGGAGCAACGUGCAGAUUCUCGAAUGCUGCGAGCCGCUACUAGACGAAGGUCUAUCCACAACCAUAGACAACAAUUACUCCGGCCAGAGCUGCAUCCUCUGCCCAGGUACCGACAAGACCACCUUCAACGGUCACUUCGGGGCUAUUAAGUCUGGUCUCAGUCACCUCGCGAUCCCGCGCGGCUGGUCGUGGGGCGGGCCGGCCUCGCCCUACUGCCCCGUGUGGGCGGAGAUCAAACUCCCCGAUUGACAGAUGGACUCGAGGCUGAUCUAUUGUGUACCUUCGGCGGUUCUGUUCUUCCUGCACUGUCUCCUUUUGGUGGUGUUGUACAUGUUCUGGUUUAAUAGUCACGUAUUUUAGUAAGUCGUUAUUUUGGAGCAUAGUUAUUGUAGAAGGGUUGUAAAAUAUAAGAGAAAUCGUGCCCCGAGUUUGAAUGGUGAGGUGGCACUAUGACGCCAUUGUUUUCGUAGUAGCUGGAUUAAUACCAAAAAUAUUACUUUGCUAAUCCGCGAUACGUUAUUCAAUCAGUGCUAACCCGUUAUACUUACUUGCGUAUUUUUACAUGCAAUUAAUUAGUAGCUGGAUUGUCAAGCGUCAACUUAUGUAGCCGUAGCUUCCGCGUCCGUCUAAACUGCGCGAACUUGAAUAACAGAGGGAGGGAGUGUCAUCGUAAACGACAUAUUUUCACAGAAAUUUGCCAUUAAUGAUGACAUUGCCACACUUUGUCAUUGCAAAUGCCACGCAGAGUUAGCUUUGCCUGUUGCCUGACUCUACAGUGUUUUUUCAUAGUCUUUACAACUCUUCUGCUGUCAAUAACUCUUUGAUUUUAAGAUUUAAAUUGUUAAUCGCAUUUGGAUCCAUUGAAUUAUUAUGUUAUGUUAUAUGUAAGAUAUCUUCCUUUUUAAGUCCUCGAUAGAUAUAUGUACAAUCAAUUUUGACGUGCAUCAUAUAAAGGCAAGCGGACACCGGCUCCGUGUGCGUAGACGUGCGUGUGCGCUUAUAUGUUUGAGCCGCGCACGCACGCGUCACGCAAGCGGUGUGCCGUCUCUCAUGAGGAUCUGUAUAUUACUACGCGCACGCGCACGUCUACGCACACGAAUUCAGUGUGCACAGGCCUUUAUUGAUAUCAUUAAUCACUUUCACCAUAUUGCACUCGGGCAUAAUUCAUGAGAAAUGUUAUAUUUGAGAUGUUUUAACAUUCUGACUGGAGUAUGACUUAAAUUAAUAAGAAUAAUAAAUUGUCAAACCGACUAAAUCAUUAAUUUCACAUAGAUCGGAAGCACUUGUUAAGUUAUUCACCUAUGUGUUUAAAUAGUAUUAUUUUGGGAUCAAAUCAAACAUUUUUUUGCACUGAAGUCUAAAGAUGAUUUAUAUUUUAACAAAAUAUCACUGUAAAAUGUACAUGAAAUAUUAUCUGUCCAAAAUGGUGAUUUACUUCUGUGACGUGAUUCUAUAAUUUAAUCUUCUUAUUUUUUUAGUUUUGCUUUGGUGUUAGGUAUUAUUUUAAUGUUUUACUGAGUUUUUUCUGUACUUAGGAA